AUGAAAGCAUUCCAUCCUCCAGACUUUAAGAGGAAAUUUGGUCCAUUUCAUUGGCCAGAACAGGUCUCCGCAGCUCUUCCUGCUCCUCAGCCAUCAACACCAAGCCCUGCAGUGAGCCGAACCCCCUCACUGCCUCCUGCACCUGUUACUGCCAGCCACAGCACAGCAUCUGCUCCUGUUCCUUCUGUUUUUUCCAGCCUAGUGCCACUGCCAGGGUCUUCUGCCACCCCCACCCCAGCCCCACAAGUCACAUCUGCACCUCGGGCUACUCUUACUUCCAGUGAAACUUUUACUUCCACGUCUGCUCCCUUCACUAGCCUCUCCUUUUCAGCCAACUCCACUGCCACUUCUACCAGCAAUCCCAACUCUUCAUUGUCAUCAGUGUUUGCAGGUCUCCCUUUGCCUUUAACACCAACAUCCCAAGGUGUAUCCAACCCAACUCCCACCAUUGCUGGCGGUUCCGCUCCCAGUGGUACUGGUCCGCUUGGUGUAAACAGUCCUCUCCUGUCUGCUUUAAAAGGCUUUUUGACAUCAAAUGACUCCAGCUUAAUGAACCCCUCUGCUUUAUCCUCUACCGUGACAAGUGGGCUGGUUUCAAUGUCUUCUCGUACUAAUGCCAGCUCUGGUGCUGCUGCCUCAGCCCCUAACAAGUGCUAUGCCCCCUCCGCCAUGCCUGCUCCCCAGAGGUCUUCCAUUCAAGGGUUGGCCAUGUUCCCAAGCCUGUCGUCUCCUGCAGCUAGCUCCACUUCCGCUGCCCCUACUUUGCCUGUCCAUUCUCUAUUGGCUACUCCUGCAUCUUCAGCAUCUGUCCCAGUGAACUGCGGUUCCUCUGCCACCCUUUUACAUGGUCCCCACUUAGGUCCCUCAGAACUACACCUUCCAUCCACACCUGCUGUCACCACAAUCCCAGUUAUGAUCAAAACUGAGCCCACGAGUCCUACUCCCUCGGCCUUCAAAGGCCCGUCUCAUCCCAUGAACCCCACUCAUGGCACUUUAGGUUUGUCAGGGACCUUGGGCCGUGCGUACCCUUCGACAUCAGUGCCCAUCAGUCUGUCCUCUUGCCUUAACCUCACAUUAUCAGGGCUCUCCACUUUGAGUGCUCCUUUAAAUGGUUCCAACCCCCUCUCCUCCAUUUCUCUCCCACCACACGGUUCCUCUGCUCCUAUUGCUCCAGUGUUUACUGCUCUUCUACCAUUCACUUCUUUAACCAAUAAUUUUCCUUUAACUGGUAACCCAUCUCUUACCCCAUCAGCGUCUCUUCCUGGGUCACUAAUAGGUGCCUCAUCAGCCCCUGCCUCCUCCGCCUCUGCCCCUCAUCCCUGCUCUACAGCAGCUGUGCUCUCGGGGCUUUCUGUUGCAGCACCAGCAUCGGCAGCUGCUUUCCCCCUCAACUUGUCCACUGCUGUCCCCUCACUCUUUUCAGUCACCCAAGGGCCUCUGUCAUCUUCAAACCCCUCCUACCAUGGUUUUUCUGUCUCUAGUGCCCCAAGUGUCACCCCAGCCCUCCCUUCGUUCCCUGGGCUGCAGGCACCCUCCACGGUUGCAGCUGUCACCCCAUUACCUGUUGCUUCCACUGCGCCAUCCCCAUCCCCUGUCCUCCCAGGAUUCGCUUCCGUGUUCAGUUCCAAUUUCAACUCUGCGCUCAUUGCACAAGCUGGUUUAUCGUCUGGACUUCAAGCUGCAGGCAGUUCUGUUUUCCCAGGCCUUCUGUCCCUCCCAGGAAUCACUGGGUUAUCCCAGAAUCCUUCACAGUCAUCCUUGCAAGAGUUACAGCACAAUGCUGCAGCACAGUCAGCAUUGCUACAGCAGGUGCACUCUGCCGCGGCCCUAGAGACCUAUCCCACUCAGCCCGAGGGCUUCCCGAAUUACCCGUCCACACCCGGAACACCGUUUUCUUUACAAACAGGCCUGUCCCAAAGUGGGUGGCAGUGAAUAUGUUUUUAUUUUUUUUUCCUACUUCGAUUCAGCAUCACAAUUGCCCCACAACUGCAGUGAAGAAUCUGAGAAAUGUGAAAUUGGCCAUAAGUUAGAAAAUGACAAGGAUGCCAGUCCUGGCGAAAUUAGGACAAGAGUUUUCAAAUCCCAAAUGCAUUUUUAAAAAUGGCUUUAAGUAAGAACAUCUCCAUAUGUAAAUACGCUGACAAUGAUUCAACUGUAAACAGAGUAAUACUUCAGAAGCAUUUGGGGACUAUACACCUCCCUUUAGGAAAUUUUUGAUUGUAUACGUGAUCUACAUAGAAAGACCAUUAAUGAGAAGAAUGAACUCUAAGCUGAAUUCAGCCUUAAAUCUGCUUGUAUAGCAGCUGCUGACAGAAGUAAUA